AUGGUAUACUCCUUCCUGUUCAAGUCGACAGUGCUGGUGUCGACCUUGCUGGCAUCGCUCGGUGUUUCCAAUGCUGAAUUGGAGACUGUGAAACUCACGCACCCCACCGGAUCCAGCGCAGAGGUUUUCCUUUUCGGGGCGCACGUCAAGUCAUUCCGUACUGUAUUCGACCCGGACCUCGACAUUCUGUUCAUGUCCAACCAGUCGCAUUUGGACGGCGUGAAUCCGAUUCGUGGUGGUAUUCCAGUUGUCUUUCCCAAUUUCGGCAGUGCAACCGGCUUCCCCAGUCACGGCUUUGCCCGCAUCACUAACUGA